CGGCCAUGGCGGAGCGGGAGCAGCAAGAGCAGGUGGCUAGGGACGACGCGGCGGAGUGGAAGCAGGUGGCGGAGCUGAGGGCUGUCACCCAGGCCCAGGACCCUUCCUGCAAGGAUGAGGACGACUACACGCUCCGGCGCUUCCUCCGCGCGCGGGACCACAACAUCGGCAAGGCGUCGGCGAUGCUGCUCAAGUACCUCAAGUGGAAGCCCGCGGCCAAGCCCCACGGCGCCAUCGCCGCGGCGGAGGUGGCGCGGGAGGCGGCGCAGGGGAAGCUCUACCUGCAGGGCCACGACCGGGAGGGCCGCCCCCUCAUCUACGGCUUCGGCGCGCGCCACCACCCGGCGCGCAGGGACCUCGACGAGUUCAAGCGCUACGUCGUCCACGUCCUCGACGCCACCGUCGCGCGCCUGCCCCCUCCUCCUCCGGGAGAUGUUCGCCAGGAGAAGUUCGCCGCCGUCGCCGACCUCGCCGGCUGGGGCUACGCCAACUGCGACAUCCGAGGCUACCUGGCGGCGCUCGACAUCAUGCAGAGCUACUACCCGGAGCGCCUCGCCCGCGUCUUCCUCGUCCACGUGCCCUACGUCUUCAUGGCCGCCUGGAAGAUCGUCUACCCCUUCAUCGACGACAACACCAAGAAGAAGUUCGUCUUCGUGCCGGACAAGGACCUGGACAGGACGCUCCGCGAGGCCAUCGACGACUCCCAGCUGCCGGAGAUCUAUGGUGGCAAGCUCAAGCUCAAGCUCGUCACGCCGCCUGCAAAUAAAUUACCAAGCCACUAGCUAGGCACAUGCAUGCCG